UAUUAAGUAGGCGGAGCUAAAUCCUCACCAGCUAAAAAAAGCUCGGUCCGCCGAGUAAGAAAGGCCAGAGAGAGAGGCACACAGAAGCCAGUACUCUAUAAGCGUAUUCGUAUCAAGAAUAGAAAGAGAACUGAAGAUAUAAAGGAGAGGAGCUCUUUCUUUCUGGUGGCUGUCUCUACCAGAGAGAGACUGACGAAUUACCUACUGACUCUCUCACUCACCAUAAUGGCAUUUCUGUUCAGAAACUCGGACAAGAAGAGUCAGCACACUGGCCAGGAGGAGAAGAGGCAUUUCUUAGAGCAUGAUUCAAAUAUGAUCAUACCUUCGGUCGCUGGGAAGCUCCAGCAACUGAUUCGAUUACCACCACUAACUGACAUCCACGAGUGGCUAGCUACCAAUUCUCUUGCUUUUUUCACCCAAAUUAACAUUCAAGUAGGAGUCGUCUCACAAUUAUGUACUCAAAGUACUUGUGCUCAAAUGUCAGCUGGGUCACAAGUAUUUGAGUUAGAUAUUGAGAAGAAGAAGAAGGUCAAGAUGCAUGCGAAGCAGUACAUAGACACUGUGAUGAUGAACAUUCAAAAGCAAUUAGGAGAUGAGCAAACUUUUCCAACAAAGUUUGGCUACGAGUUCCCUUUCGAUUUCGUACAGAUUGUACGAAAACUAUUUCGUCAAUACUUCAUCAUACUGGCACACAUUUACUUUCAUCACUACCAUCAGUUCAAGAGACUUCAACUUCACGACGGACUUAAUACUCUCUUCCUUCACUUUGUGUAUUUCGUGACAGAGUUCUCUCUCAUUGAUCCCAAAGAACUCUCGUUACUUGAUGAUCUUAUCGAAAAACUAAAAACCCAAGAGCAGGCUCUAGCUAAGCAGCCUCUCAACGAUAGAGAGUCAGAGUUUAACAUGGUAGCAUCAAAGUCUUCUUAAAAAAGCUUUUUUAACAGAUAAUAUUUGUGUGUGUGUUUGUGUGGUAAUUGCUUUAAUUGUUAAUGUGGAAAUUUCGUGUGUGUGUGUGUGUGGGUGUAAAAAAUCAUUUUUUGUUUUAGUUUUUUGCAGAGGUAUGAGUACAUGUUUAUUGUAGUAGUGGGCUCUUUGUUUCUCUUAUCUCUCU